AUGGAUCCUACCAAAGCUCAAACACAGGCGACGUUCGCACAUCUCAAAUCACAAAAGGCCAACAAGCAAUGCUUCGACUGCGGUGCUAAGAACCCUACUUGGACAUCAGUCACUUUUGGUAUUUACCUAUGUUUGGAUUGUUCGUCGGUACAUCGUAAUCUGGGUGUGCAUAUCUCUUUUGUGCGAUCAACCAACCUCGAUUCAUGGUCCUUACAACAACUUCGUACCCUCAAAGUAGGAGGCAACGGUCCAAUCCGAGAGUUCUUCACCAAGCACGGUGGAGCCAACCUGUUACCUCCAGCCAAUACCGACGCGAGGGGUAGAUACACUAGUAGACAAGCGGGGUUGUACAAGGAAGAAUUAGCUAGACGUAUUGCCGAAGAUGCUGCCAGAAACCCCCAUGGAAUCCAUAUAGACGGACUUGAACUAACCCCUCUCGCCUCACCAUCAAAGGCAGCAGGCGAUGAUGAUUUCUUCUCAACAUGGGACAAACCUUCACCUGCAUCGUCCAAACCAGCUUCCCCAGCUCCUGGAUCCACAUCUAAAGCUGCUGGUCCACCUUCCAUCGGAUCAGGUCCCAAGCCUGCUGCGAGUGGUCCGAGAACUAUCACUUCAUCAUCUUUACGUUCCGGUACCGCCGCAUCUAGACCCGUAGCCUCAUCAAGGUUGUCUUCAUCUACCACUGCGGGAGGUACGACUACUUCCAGUGGAGGAGGUAAAUUAAGUAAAUUGGGAGCUAAGAAGGCAGCUACGUCGAUCAACUUUGAAGAAGCUCAACGUAAAGCCCUAGAAGAGGAGGAGCGAAUAAAGAGAUUAGGGUAUGAUAAGAAGAAGGAAGAAGAGGAAGCUAGAGCUUUGAAAGAGAGAGAAGCAGAAGAGAAAAGAAAAGCGCAAGCUGCUUCCAGUAGUAGAAGCUCGACUCCCCUGAGUAGUAGCGCACCAAGAAAGGAGGAAAGUAAACCUGCGCCUGUAAGAUUGGGUUUCGGACAGACUGCUGGACAAGCUGCACCUGCUCAGACCAAGGCACGAGCUGCUCAAGUAGAUGAUGUUCACGUAGCUAGAGAUAAAUUCGGAAAUCAAAAGGGAAUCUCCUCGGAUAUGUAUUUCGGAAGAGGAACAUACGAUCCCCAAGCGGCCAACGAGGCUCAAACUCGGUUGAGAGACUUCCAAGGAGCCACAGCGAUCUCUUCCAACGCAUAUUUCGGUAGGCCCGAAGAAGAUCAGGAGGAUGAUGGGUACGGUGGACCUGCCGGUUCAGGUGGUCCAGGUGGAGAUGGUCUGAUGGAUAAUGAGACUAUCCAAGGGCUCGAGAGGAACAUCCGGGAUAUCGCUGGAAGGGUCAUGGCUAAUCCGGAUGUGCAGAAUUUGGGUGAUCAAAUUAGGAUGGGUGCUUUGAAGUUGUCCGACUAUUUAUCCUCUUUCGAAGGACAAGGUCGAUAA